AUGGCCGGGAUUCUCUUCCACAUUUCCACACAGCAGCAACUUGGGGCUAAUGAUGUUGCUGAUGACGCGGCAACGCACGCCCCAAGACCGAUGAAGAUAACACUGUGUCCCAGCAAGGCGCGGCUGGGUCUGGCACUGUGCGAUGUCGCAAACCUGGCGCCACAAAGUUCUCCAAGUGGCGAAUUUUGCUGGCACCCGGCUUCCCCCUACAGUGCGGGGCUCUGGGCCCUGGUGGCGCCAUGGGGUGGCCUGCGUCACCAAGACUGUCGUAAAGUGAUUUUGCGCGCUCCCUGCCCAACGUGGACUGCCGGCAGGGUAAGAAACCGUUCCCCCUUUUUUUUGAAAGCCUACAACAGAAAUAGUCAAGCCUUGCCCAAUUUUUUAACAUGA